AUGCCGUCGCAGCAAGAAAUAGUCCAGAAAUUCAAGCGGAUUGGGAUCGUCGGCUCCGGGAAUAUGGGCUCCAUGAUGGCCUUUGCCUUCUCGGAGCUUGGGCUCGACGUCUCCAUCUGGGACGUGAAGCACGAGAAUGUAGAUCAACUGCUUGAAUCGAGCAAGCACACCAACUUCAAGAACGGGGGCAGGAUCGAGGGUUUCUACGAUAUCGGCAAAUUCACGAAAAGCCUGGAAGGACAGGGCGAGCGGAAGAUAUUCCUCUUCUCGAUCACGCAUGGUGAUCCCGCGGAUUCUGUUCUGAAGACGAUCAAGGGCGAUCUGCAAAAGGGCGAUAUUAUCCUUGACGGUGGGAAUGAGAACUAUCGUCGUACGGAGAGGAGACAGAAGGAGUGUCAGGAGAUUGGGGUUAGCUGGAUUGGCUUGGGUGUGUCUGGUGGUUAUCAGUCUGCUCGACGGGGUCCCAGUCUAUCGCCUGGCGGGGAUAAAGAGGCGCUUGAUCUUGUCAUGCCUCUUUUGGAGCUCUAUUCUGCGAAGGAUUCAAAGACAGGCCUUCCUUGUGUGACCAGAAUUGGGCCUGGUGGAUCAGGGCAUUUCGUGAAAAUGGUCCAUAAUGGAAUUGAAGGCGGGAUGCUUUCAGCUGUUGCCGAGGCGUGGUCUAUUCUCUACUAUGGCAGAGAGAUUGGAUACGAGGAAAUUGCCGACAUCUUCGCCGAAUGGAAUAGCAAAGGAGAACUGCGAAACAACUUUCUGCUCGAAAUCGGAGCCGACUUACUGCGCGUGAAGAAGACACCAAAAGGCGACGGCAAAGGUCAAGGAGUGGGAGACAAUGGGUACGUGCUUGACGAUGUCUUGGACAAGGUGGUGCAGGACGACGAUAACACGGAGGGAACGCCAUACUGGUCGAUUAUGGAGUCUGCUGCUCGACAUGUCUCUGCACCAACGCUUGCUACAGCACACUAUAUGCGAAUCUCAAGCGGGAACCGGGCGGAGAGACUUGAAGUGGCGAAGAAGCUCAAAAUUCCAACUCCCACCCCUAUUCGAGGUAUGAAGAACUUUGAGGCGUUCAGGGAGCAACUGCGUCGUGCAGUGUAUGCCUCAUUUCUAGCAAGCUUUUGUCAAGGUCUCGAGAUGAUCGCUCGCGCCUCAGAAGACGAGGGCUGGAAUAUCGACCUUGGGAAGUGCCUGCAAAUAUGGCGUGCAGGAUGCAUUAUCCGAUCCGAGGGCAUUGCAGAUAUCCUGCAGCCGAUUCUUUCGAACAACAAGGAGUUGACGAAUAUGAAAUAUAUCGACAAGGUAGCGGCGGAGUUGCAGCGGACAUACAGCUCGCUGAAAGAGAUCACCAUUGCCGCCAUCGACUCAGACCAUUAUCUCCCGGCUAUCUCUGCGACUUUAGAAUACGUCAAGUACGAAGCAGGACUAACCUUGCCGACCAAGUUCAUGGAAGCGCAGAUGGACUUCUUUGGAGCGCAUGGGUACAACCUGCCUGGAGUGCCUGGGGAAGACCCGGGGCCACCCGUUCGUAUCGCCGUCAUCGGUGGCACAGGUCUGCGUGAACUCCCCGGAUUUACCCAGGCUGCCUCGCUCAACAUCUCAACACCAUGGGGCAACCCCUCCUCUCCGAUCACCAUCCUGCACCACACUGUCAAGGACAAGACCGUUGCUGUUGCGUUCCUUAGCCGCCACGGAUCUCACCACCAGAUCGCCCCUCAUGAGGUGCCCGCGCGCGCUAACAUUGCCGCCCUUCGCUCCAUCGGUGUACGCACCAUCAUCGCUUUCUCUGCUGUCGGUAGCUUGCAGGAGGAGAUCAAGCCCCGCGAUUUCGUCGUCCCAGACCAGGUCAUCGACCGCACCAAGGGUAUCCGACCCUUCACAUUCUUCGAGGGAGGUGUCGUCGGCCACGUCCCCUUCGGUGAUCCCUUUGACGAGGGCGUUGCUAAGGUGGUGCGGGCUUGCGGUCACAGCUUGGAGGGAGAGGGCGUGACGCUGCACGACCGUGGCACUCUUGUCUGCAUGGAGGGACCUCAAUUCUCCACCCGCGCAGAGAGCAAGCUCUACCGCUCAUGGGGCGGUUCUGUAAUCAACAUGUCGGCCCUGCCCGAGGCCAAGCUCGCCCGCGAGGCUGAAAUCGCAUACCAGAUGAUCUGCAUGUCCACCGACUAUGACUGCUGGCACGAGUCUACCGAGGACGUCACCGUCGAGAUGGUGAUGGGCAACAUGAAGGCCAACGCCGUGAACGCGAAGCACUUUGUCACCGCUGUUCUUGACGAGCUGGCAGCCGAGCACAACUCAGACCUUGUCCAGGCGAAGCAGUAUGCUGGAUCCGUCAAAUUCGGCAUCAGCACCCCGCAGACACACUGGUCUCCCGAGGCGAGCGAGCGGAUUAACUGGUUGUUCCCCGGUUACUUUCAAUAA